UUACAUACCCGCUUCUUCGAGUUUUCUAGGCAACUUCCUAUGUUUGCGCGUCCCUCUCCAGUAAGUUUUCCCCAUAGAUAUCCUUAAACUAACACCCAAAGUCCCAAGCACUUUCUCUCUCUCUCUCUCUCUCUCUCCCUCUAAAUUCCAUAUUCUUCGCCACUUUACCCCUCUACUACCCUGCAAUGGUGAAGCAAAAGCUAGUGAUUGGCAUCUCUAUGAAGGACCAGAAGGCUCGUACCAAGGCCUUCAAGAUUGCAGUUAGCCUCUCAGGAGUUUCUUCCGUAUCUAUUGAAGCGGCGGCGGAGAAGGCGCAGUUAGAGGUCUUCGGCUACUUCGACCCGGUGGUUCUGAUAUGCCUGCUGAGGAAGAUGUUUGCGCAGGCGCAGAUUUUAAGCGUCGGCCCCGCGGCUGAUAAGAAGGCGGAGACGCCAACACCACAAACCGUCACAACUACUUCAUUUGCACUUCCUUACCCCCCCCCAUUUCAAGAUUCUCACCCACCCACUAGCUUAGUACAUAAAAUCCAAUCAAUAAGCAUUCGGUAUAUAUGUCCAUGCAUGUUUGGUCUACAAUUGGGACUUUCUUCUCUUUGGGUGUUGAUUAAAAGUCAGAUUUUUUUUUUUAUUAUUAUUUUGUCAUCGCCUGAGAAAUUUGAACUCUCGCGGAGAAACUCAUGUACUUAGCAGGCACACGCCUUAACCACUCGGCCAAAGCGACAUUGAUAAUAGUAAGUCUUGUUUUAAUUUUUGGAACGACAAGCCUAUGAAAAAGCAAAUAUUUUAAAAAUAAGAUGACUGUAGCUA